AUGGACGUUUCGGAUGCUGCCGCUGGAAUGUUUCUUCUCAUUCUGGGAAUAGUCGGAUGUACUCUGUACGGUCUCAUCAUCAGUGCGAUGUGGAAAAUGAUCCGUGACAUUGUCGGAUUCCGUUUUCUGAUCUCACAAGCCCUCACCGACAUUCUUCUCAUGAUUCAGUUCGGAAUCUGGCCUGGAAUCGUUAUUCUGACUCAAAACGAGAUAAUUAAUGAAGCCUGGAGACAUAACAUCCACAUCUAUCUCAAUUUCACUUGGUGGGCAAUGGUCUACCACUACACUGUCAUCGCCUGGUCCCGUCUUGCUGCUGUUCAAUGGCCCAAUUGGUUCCGUACUCUUCCUUAUGGAACGAGUAUCUUGAUUUGUGCUCUUCCAUGGUUCGCCGGAUUAUUGCAAAGUUUAGUUGAGCAUCAGUUCGCCUGGUUCACUCCUCUCUAUUAUUCUCCAUCCCGUUAUGGAAUGCAUUCCGAUUGGGAGCAGUACCAGCUCUCUGGAACCGAUACCUAUUACAUGUUGUGCAAUGUUGUUCUUAUGGUUGUCCCAUUCCCUCUCUAUGUUCUUGCUCUGGCUGUCCUCUUCCAAAGAAACACCUCGAGAAAUCUUCAACUUCGAUCGAAGUACUCCCACGCACCAAUAGCCACAUCUUCUUAUGUUUUUCAACAAAAACAGUUGAGCAUUGAAACCCGUCUUCUGGUUCCGUGUAUCAUCAACACCGUGCUGUUUGUAAUUGGACAAGUCUUCAUCACUCAAUGCUCUAAACACGGAAAAUGGAUGAACUGGGCAGUGAUGGUCGUGUUUGCAACCAAUUCAUUCGUCAAUCCUCUGCUCUACUUGUUCUUCAGCAGCGUCAUCCGAAAGGGAGUGAUCAGCACUUGCCAGAAGAAUUUUUCUCUUUCUGCAAUCUACUAUGACUAUGAAGGACGAUCUUCUCCAAGAACUUCGAGUAUUGUGAUGAAAAUGAAUCAUCGAGAUUCCACGAUCACUUCUCAUUUGAACUGUCGAGUCAAUUCCCCCGCCUGA